UUGCGCAGUCGUAAAGUGUGAUAAAUAAUACGCAAGGUUUGAGGGAAUUGCAAUAUUGCAUGCAAGGUUUUGAAAGGUUUUUAAUAGAGAAUUGUAUGCUUUAACUUGCCACGGCAAUUGCCUAUUUGGUUAUAAUAUGGUGAGGAAUGAAUACGGUAAAACGACUUGGGGGGAAGCCUUCUUGGAUGCCCUUGGUCGUCUUGAUACAAAUGCAAGACUAGGUCGUGGUAAAACAUAUGCAAACACUGGAAAAGUUUUGACCAUUGGCGUAAAAGGACCACAGGUGACUGCCAAGGUUCAAGGGAACUAUGGAGUGUAUGAUGUAUUGGUCCAAUUUCAAGUAUUUGCUGAAAAAGAAAAACAAGAGAUUUAUGCCAUUAUUGACCAAAACCCAAUUUUACUGGCUCACAUUCUGAAUGGAGAGCUGCCAGAUGAGCUGUUAAAUGCCUUAUUCGCGGCGCAUAUCAAACUCUUUCCAACAUCUUGGCGUGCAAUUCGUGCUCGAUGUUCAUGUCCUGAUGAUGGUAAUCCCUGCAAGCAUAUGGCCGCAGUUUACUUUUUACUGACAUCUGAGAUAGACAAGAACCCGUUUACGUUGUUUUUACUUCGUGAUGUCGACCUGAAGAGGCAUUUUAAUGUGAAGAAUAACGAGAUAGAACCAUCCUAUCCAUUACCUGCAACUGAAAUCAAGGAAACAACAAAUUCCGAAAAGGAGACUGUUGUCCAUUGUGAACUUGUUAAAAUACCUCACUUAGCGAACUUUAUUUUGGACUGUCUAAGUCCAAAUCCUGCAUUCUCAAUGCAACUGGACUAUAAAGAUGUUAUGAUGGAAUUUUACAGAUUUGCUGAGAAAAAGGGCAAGCAAGUUAUUGGUUCGUUUCCCGAAGGCGAUCCAUUUGACAGUGCUGAUGGUGAUACUUUCCAGAGAGUAUGGUCAAACAGCUGUUUUCAACUCAAACUUUCUGAGAAUUUUUCAAACGCGAUGGUUUUGGUCAAAAAUGAAGUUUUUAACUCCGAUUUUGAUAUCAAAAAUCUAAUGAAGACAAUACCAAACUCUGUUAUGCUUAAUAGAUUAGGAGAAAGAAUUGAUAAGGUUAUUUCUCUUGAUUUGUUUACGGCAUUUCAGGUGUUUUUGCGCUGUACGUCUGACUUUGGAACGAGAAGUUAUCGUUAUUUUUACUAUGCCUUCCGUGUUGCUCUACUGCUCAUUAACAGUCAGGCGUAUAUCCCGGAUGUUUUGCCAAUGUCUUACUCAUCAGAUAAUGGUAAAGUUUUAUUAUUUAAGAUCAUUUGGAAACCGUUAUAUUCUUGCUCAAUUAUUUUGGAACAGUUAAAAAAUCUCAAUGACAUAUUUCCACUAAAGAACGAAAACUUCUCUGGUGGGUCCAUCUUGCUCGAGGUUGCUGGAAAGUCUUCUGUGCGCCCAAAAAAAUCGUUAGACGCCAGUUCCGGUACCCUGCAUUUACUUACUGCUCUGCUUACUCAGUUAGUCAGGAAAAUGGAGUUCAGUCAUAAGAAGCUGAAGAAUAAUCCACCAAAAGAGUCAUUAACAUUCUUCUUUGGUCAGGUCUUCCAUGUUAUGUCACUAGCUGAGCACAACAUCCCGAAAGCAAUCACGAAGUAUUUUGGCGUCUUCGAGCUGAUGAAAACUGAUUUCAAAGUGUCCAUUCAAAUCACCAAUAACACAAGCAUCUUACAUGUCGGCUCGCCACCAACUCUUAACCCGCGAGAUGACAAAUUCAACAUUGGUCUUUUAUUGACAAAAUCGGGCUCCCUUGCAUCAGAUGCCCUCUCUUUAAGGCGUUUCUUGCAAAGAUAUCCGACUGAUAGGAAUCAGAUUCUGAAGUUUUUAUCCACGUUAUCUCCUUACCUCAACAAUGUUGAGAAAUUUUUACUGAAAGAUGAUAUUCCUCUGUCUUCCGGAGAUCUUGAAGUUCUUUUGUUACAAACAGCCAAAUUGUUUGCAAAUUUGGGAGUUCAAGUUAUUUUACCUCGAGAAUUAAAGAAUAUUCUCAAACCAAGAGCUGUUGUUAGGACUCGUAGUAAAUCAGUAUUAGACGAGAAUAUGUCACAGAAGAGUUUUCUCAGUUUGAACCAGCUUCUCUGUUAUAACUGGAUGAUAUGCAUUGGAAAUGAACAAAUAACUGUUGAAGAAUUCCAGAAAAUGGUGAGGAGCGGGAAAAAGUUGUUCAAGUUUAAAGAGACGUAUGUCGCUAUCACAGCCGAAGAAAUGAAGAAUAUUCUUAGUUCUGUGAAUAAACAGCCGCCAACGUUGUCAGGAAUUGACUUGUUGAAAGAGAGAUUGAGAGAAAAUUCAAUGUUCAUGUUGGAUUCAGAGGUUGAGGAAUUCUUCAAGAAGAAGUUGAAGGUCACAGAUCAUAUGGUUCCUGCAACUUUGAAUUGUACCUUACGAGGAUAUCAGACGAAAGGAUUUAGGUGGCUAGUCUCAAACUUGCUCAACGGUUUCGGGUGUAUACUAGCUGACGACAUGGGUCUUGGUAAGACCAUACAAAUGAUUGCUGCCAUUGCAUAUCUCAAAUCUCAAGGCAUUCUGAAAAAUACAGUACUUAUCGUUGUACCAAGUAGUUUAGUUAGUAAUUGGAACAGAGAAAUACAUCGUUUUGCACCAACAAUGACUGUGUCCACAUACUAUGGCGCUGGAAGACAGAUUGAGAUGAAAGAUCAACAGAACGCUAAUGAACUUGUGGAGGUAAUCAAGUCCAUCACAUCUCCGCUUGAAGAACGAAAAUGCGACGAUAUAAAGCAGAAAAGUAUUGUUAAAUAUGAGAUGGAAACAGAUAUCAAAGAUGACAUUAAAACAGAAGUUAAGCAUGAAGUUAAGACAGAACAAAACGCAACAAGCAUUGCUCCAUUUUUAUUUUACAAAGUAAAGACCAAUACCUGUGACCAAAAGACCGUUGUUAAAUCCGAGAUGAAAACUGAAGGCCCUUCGCUACCGCCAGUAAAGGCUGAGACAUUAGAUCAGAGACCUGCUACGGUUGGUUCUGAUUUAUACUCAGCCACAAAGGCCGAGAGGAAGCGGCCAUUCACACCCGACAGCCACAGCAAGCCAGCAAGUACAAAGAGGGUAAAACGUAAAGCGAACACAGAAGCAAGUGAUGUCAUACUGACAACUUACAGUUUGAUUUGGAGAGAUUUGUCGGAACUGCAAAAGAAAAACUUCGGGUUGAUAUGCAUUGAUGAAGCACAAUACAUAAAGAAUUCCAAAUCGCAAACUACCCAGGCGUUAAAAAAAUUAAAGGCACCAUUACGCGUUGCUUUAUCUGGGACACCUGUGGAGAAUAACUUGGCAGAAUUGUGGUCCGUCUUUGAUUUCGUUCUUCCCAAGUACCUUGGUAAUCUAAAGGACUUUAAAGCUUCAUAUUCAAAACCUAUUGAGGUAAAUUGCGACGAAGAGAAACUGAUCGAUUUAAAAGCUGUAUCUUCACCUUUCUUAUUGCGACGAUUAAAAACAGAUAAGAAUGUCAUUAAAGAUUUGCCGUCCAAGAUCGUGGAUAACAAGUAUACGACACUUGUUGCUCAACAGGCUGCUUUAUAUGAGGGAGUUGUUCAGGACAUAACCCAGAAGAUAUCAGAGAGCCAAGGAAUCCAGAGAAAAGGACUCAUCUUCAAAUUGUUAACAUCAUUAAAGCAGAUAUGUAACCAUCCAGCAAACUUUGGCGAUGACACCGAUUUAAGUCCCGAGAAAUCUGGAAAGACAAAACUCCUGUUCGAAUUGCUCGAACCAAUCAUUAAGGCUGGAGAGAAAUGCUUAAUUUUCACACAGUAUGUUAAAAUGAUCCACAUUCUGCAGAAAAUUAUUGAGAAGAAGUUGAGCGUCAAGCCACUGAUCUUUGAGGGUUCAAUGCCUCAGAAAAAACGAGAUUGUGUUGUUAAUGAAUUUCAAAAUCAUCCUUAUCGCCAGAUAUUCCUUAUUUCUCUAAAAGCUGGUGGCGUAGGACUUAAUUUAACCGCUGCAAACCACGUCAUUCAUUACGAUUUAUGGUAUAAUCCAGCAGUGGAGAACCAAGCCACUGACAGAGCAUUCAGAAUUGGUCAAACAAAGAAUGUGUUUGUUCAUCGUCUGAUAACACAAAAUACUUUCGAAGAGAAAAUAGACGAGAUGUUAAAACAGAAGCAAUCCUUGUCGGAUAUGAGCAUCAGUGUUCAAGAAAGUUGGAUUACUGAAUUAUCAAAUGAAGAUCUGAAGAAAUUAUUCAUGAGAACACCUUAGAAUAUCAUCAAGCAUCAAGGAUACGGUUCUACUGAUUGUUUGGUUAAUAUUCCGUUACAGCUGAAAGGGACAGUUUUUUAUAGUUGAAAGUGGCAUGUGUUAAAUUAUUGGAUAUGUUUUGUUAGCUCACUGGCUGUAAAAACCCAUAACGCUGACCCCGUCGUCCGGUAAUUCCGUCACAACUUUAUCGUUUUUAAUUUAAAACACCUCUUAAUGAUGAAAUAUAUUUCACGUUUUACUCUAACAAGCGGCAGGUGCAAAGAUGCAAAACAUGUGCAGAGACGCAAAAUAUCAUGAAAAGUUUUUGACCAAUGAUAUGGAAAUAACACGAAAUCCGUUCAUUUUUGGUGGUUCGAAAUUGAGAAGCUUGACGUUAUAACCGGGCGGGGCGUUGCUCGUAAUUUAUAAACAGGGAAAUUUUGAAACAAAUUUAAAACUCUCUUUUU